CUUCCACAAUCACAACGACUGCUGCUGAAACAUCUACAACAACAGAGACUUCCACAAUCACAAUGACUGCUCCUGUAACAUCCACCACUAGUGCAGCAGAAACAUCUACAACAACAGAGACCUCAACAAUCACAAUAACUGCUCCUGAAACAUCUACAACAGAGACUUCCACAAUCACAACAACUGCACCUGAAACAUCUACCACUAGUACAGCAGAAACAUCAACAACAACAGAGACUUCCACAAUCACAACAACUACUCCUGAACCAUCCACCACUACUGCAGAAGAAACAUCUACAACAACAGAGACUUCCACAAUCACAACUGCCCCCAAAACAUCCACCAAUAGUGCAGCAGAAACAUCUACAACAACAGAGACCUCCACAAUCACAACAACUACUCCUGAAACAUCCCCCACUACUGCAGCAGAAACAUCUACAACAACAGAGACUUCCACCAUCACAACUGCCCCUGAAACAUCCACCACUACUGCCGCAGAAACAUCUACAAAAACAGAGACUUCAACAAUCACAACAACCGCCCCUGAAACAUCCACCACUAGUGCAGCAGAAACAUCUACAACAACAGAGACUUCCACCACCACAACUGCCCCUGAAACAUCCACCACUACUGCCGCAGACACAUCUACAACAACAGAGACUUCAACAAUCACAACAACCGCCCCUGAAACAUCCACCACUAGUGCAGCCGAAACAUCUACAACAACAGAGACCUCAACAAUCACAACAACUGCACCUGAAAUAUCUACAACAGAGACUUCCACAAUCACAACAACUACUCCUGAAACAUCCACCACUACUGCAGCAGAAACAUCAACAACAACAGAGACUUCCACAUUCACAACAACUGCACCUGAAACAUCCACCACUAGUACAGCAGAAACAUCAACAACAACAGAGACUUCCACAAUCACAACAACUACUCCUGAACCAUCCACCACUAGUGCAGCAGAAACAUCAACAAAAACAGAGACUUCCACAACCACAACAACUGCCUCCGAAACAUCCACCACUACUCAAAGUCCUUUUCAGGCAGUUUCGUUCCUUCCUAAGAGUCGUUGUUCUAAAGUUCAGCCAGGGGUCGGUCAUUACCACAUCAGAACUCGUUUUCAACUCUACACAGGAUGUCCCAUCAGCGGAUGA